AUACCCAGCGGGAGCUCCCUAAAACCUCUCAAUUUCCAAAAUGGCCUCCAUCCCGCUCCUCCGUUUCUCUCUCCAUCCACCUCCCAAAACCCUAACCCCCAAAACCCCUCUCACACCCCACCCCCUCAAACCCACCAUCCCCAAAUUCCUCCAACCCCAGGCCCAAACCCGAACUCAAACCAAGCUCAAUUCCAUCUCCGCCACCUACAACCCAAUCCCCGCCACAGACCGCUUAAUCUCCGCCGUAGCUUACUUCCUCCCCUUCUUCAACGGCCUUCAGUACGGCCGUUUCUUAUUCUCUCAANCACUCCCCACCCCCUCAAACCCACCAUCCCCAAAUUCCUCCAACCCCAGGCCCAAACCCGAACUCAAACCAAGCUCAAUUCCAUCUCCGCCACCUACAACCCAAUCCCCGCCACAGACCGCUUAAUCUCCGCCGUAGCUUACUUCCUCCCCUUCUUCAACGGCCUUCAGUACGGCCGUUUCUUAUUCUCUCAAUACCCAUCCCUAACUCUCCCAUUUCAGCCCAUUCUUCCCCUUCUCUCACUCUACCGUUCAAUCCCAUACGCUAGCUUUGUCACCUUCUUCGCUCUCUACUUGGGAAUUGUACGGAAUGAGAGUCUAAACCGUUACGCCCGUUUCAAUGCGCUUCAAGCGGUUGUACUUGACGUUUUAUUGGUGGUACCGAUGUUGAUACAACGGAUAUUCUCUCCGGGUCAAUCUGGAAUUGGGCUGAAACUUACAAUGAUGAUGCAUAAUGGGCUUUUUGUAUUUGUUGUGGGGUGUUUUGUUUAUGGGCUUGUUAGUUGUAUCCUUGGGAAAACUCCUUACUUGCCUUUUGUUACUGAAGCUGCUAAUAGGCAAAUGUAGCUUCUUCUUCUUUUUAUUUCCUAUGCUGGUGAAUGAACAUUUUGUUAUAUGUUACUUAUUUGAUUUCUUUUGGUACUUAAUAUUUGGAAAUGUGCUGUAUUUGUCUUGUUAA